AUGUGCGGUAUCUUCUUCUCGCUGGGAGCUUCGAAAGCUGUGCUUCCGAAUGAGGAGACCUGCUGCUUGCUACGGUGCAGGGGACCGGACAACUACCACGUCCACACUGUGGAGCACAAUGUGAACGGCAAACAAACAAUCAGCGGAGCAUCCGCAACUGUUUUUCUUAGCUUCGCCUCGACAGUCUUGUCGAUGAGAGGCGACCAUGUGGUCCCUCAACCUCUGGUAGAUGCGAAUACCGCAUCUGUGCUCUGCUUCAAUGGUGACGCCUGGAAGAUCAAAGGUGAACCAAUUAAGGGCAAUGAUGCUGAACUGAUCUUUAGUCUCUUGUUGGAAGCCGUGAACAGGCCGAAUGCAGACUCAUCGGCACAGCAGAACUCUCCGGAUAUCGUCCAAAGGGUCGUGGAUGUCCUCAGUAGUAUCUCCGGCCCUUUCGCCUUUGUGUUCUACGAUGCUGUCAACUCGAAGAUUUACUUCACCAGGGACUCUCUGGGACGACGCUCUCUGUUGCAGGGUGUUGAUGAUGAGGGCAACUUCAAGGUCUGCAGUCUGUGUGACAGCACAACUACCACUCAUUUCACCGAGAUUGAGACAGACGGAGUAUAUACGAUCGACCUCGAGCAUGCUUUCAGUCCCUCAGGCCCAAGCUCAAGUGCCAGCGGCCGUGCUGCCGUUUUCUCUAUGGACAGUAUACACACCCUGCUCUGGGAUCAGGAAGAAUCCCCCCUUCGUCCAAAAACCCCCAUUCUCCCAAUGAACCGAUCUCUCCCCGAAGGAUUCACCGCUCCACCACUGACUACCGAAACGCCAGUUAUCCCAGCCCUGGAACACAAACUGCGCCAAUCCUUAGCGUUACGAAUAAACAAUGUGCGAGAGCCUCCGACAUCACCGACAGGUAGCACAGUCAAGGUUGCUGUGUUGUUCUCAGGGGGGCUUGACUGCUCCUUGCUCGCCAGACUGUCCCACGAAAUCCUCCCUGAAAACGAAACCAUUGACCUACUCAACGUCGCUUUUGAGAACCCACGGGUUGCAGCUGCAGCUGCCAAACAAGGUGGAGGUGGGGACAUGGGCUCCGUGUACGAAAGCUGUCCCGAUCGAAUGACGGGUCGAGCAGCUUUCGCCGAGCUCCAGCGGGUGUGCCCCGGUCGAAAUUGGCGCUUCGUCGCCAUUGACAUUCCGUAUACAGAAACCCUCGCGCACCGAGACACCGUGAAGCGGUUAAUGAGGCCGCACAACACGGAAAUGGAUCUGUCUAUUGCAUGCGCGUUGUACUUUGCCUCUCGCGGACAGGGUCAAGCGUACGAUAGCCACCAGCAAGAGGGCAGUCACGUACCAUCCUCGUAUACCACCUCCGCCCGCGUCCUCCUCUCCGGCCUCGGUGCAGACGAGCUUUUUGCAGGCUACUCACGACAUGGGGCUGCCUUCUCGCGCGACGGAUUCGCUGGUCUGAUUGACGAGAUCAACCUUGAUGUGAGUCGCCUGGGGAAGCGCAACCUGGGCCGUGACAAUCGAGUCAUCGCCCACUGGGGCCGCGAAGCGCGCUUCCCUUUCCUGGACGAAGACUUCGUCUCCUGGGUCGUGCAACUCCCCGUCUGGGAGAAAUGCGGUUUCGGAACCGCCGCCAGUGAACUUGGAUCAGAAGAAACAGAAGCAGAAGCAGGACUCGACUCAGAAAAGAAAGCCCUGCGCCUGGUUGCGCUCCGUCUGGGUAUGACUAAAGUCGCCCGCGAGAAGAAACGCGCCAUCCAAUUCGGAUCCCGAACCGCAAAGAUGGAAAAGGGUCGAGUCAAAGGCACCGAUGCGCUCAGCUGA